AUGAAAUUCUGUCAAAUUGCUUCUGCUUCUUUAUUCGUCUUGACAUCACAAGCACUUUUUGUUGCACACAACUACAAUAAAGUACUUACUGGAAAUGUUACUUCAACUAAUUCUACUGCUAAUGCUACUUCUGUUCCUAACAGUACUGCUUUGGCCACUGCCAUUGCUAACUCCACUGCUAUUGGUAACUCCACUACUGGUGUUAUUGAUAGAAGAGAAAACUACCAUGAUGCUCUUGACAAAAGAUUAGACCUUACCACUCUUAUUCCUAUCAUUGUUGCAGCAAUUACUUCUGCUUUACCUGGUGUUCUCAACACUAUUCUGGGACUUUUGGGAGAUUUGCCUUCACCAAUUGAUCCUACUGAAAUACUCAAUGUAUCAUCUUCUACCAACACCACCAGCAAUUUAGAUUUAGUUAAUGAAAUUGUCAACCAAGUGAAAGUUAAACUUCCACAAGCUAUUUCCGAGUUUGAACAAAACUCGCAAAACUCCAAAAGGAUAGGCCUUGAUUCUAUUGCUCAAUAG